CCAGAAAAAUAUUCGUGGAUAAUGCGGAUCAAAAGAGAAGAUGAGAGGACAGAAUAUAAGUGCAGCAUGCUUGUAUUAUAGCUACUGCCAUAGCCAAGCUCACACACACUGCAAUGACGACGCCGUUUUGCUCAUCAUCAGCCACACUUUUUCACCAUUACAACUCUCUCGCCCCACACAUAAUCCCUAAAUUUGUUGUUGAAGCUUCUAAUUUCAACCCGUUUACUGCGAGACCCGUCAACACAUUUCGGAGCUCCAGGAUAAAGGCGGCGUCUUUUUCGUCGUCACCGUACCCUACACUCACGGAUACCGAGAAAGCGCUCAGUAUUGAUGCUCUUCAGCGUUUCAUUGAGCUCAAUUUGGGUAACUGGGUUGGUUCUUUCUAUCAAUUUGAUCCGGAAGGGAAUUUGAUGAAUGAAGUGACUACGAAGCUUGCUGUUAGUUCUUAUGGCGAAGAUGAUCUUGUCAGUUUAAUUCAAACGCUAUAUAUUCAACAACCGCCAUCAAGUUCAUCAGAUUCUGAAGAAGAUCGCGAACAAGAAUGGGCUGAAUACAAAAUAAAAGAAACCAACAUGUUCACUGUCGACAAAUAUCAACAGAUUAACAUCUUUCCAAAUGAGAAGGCCUUUGCGUUAAGGUACCAAACUGCUGGCAUGUUGGAGACUGUCUUAAGACAGGGGGUCCUGGGUGAAGAUGACAUAGGGGAAGAGUUUCCCAAAAACCUGAAACUUCCCUCUCGGCGACCUGCUAUAGUAUGUGAGACUUGCCUCUUUUCCUUGGAGAAGGAUAUGCGAGCAAGAGCAUUCCAUAUCAUGGAUCCCAAAGGUAUUAUUGAAAUGAUACUAAUUUUUCUUGAAGAACGAGGGGGUGGAGUGCUUAUUGCCCCUUCCUUAAAUGAUUCAAAGGAUAAUACAAACAGAAUUAUGCCACACAUUGGUAGAUGGAAAGGCCAGUCUGUGACAAAACGCAGUGGUAUUUAUGGAGCAACCAUCGCAGAAGCAGAUACAGUUGCUUCACUUGAAUUUGAUGAUAAAGGUCAGCUAAUUCAGGAAAUCAGUUCAACAGCCAAAAACACUGACAUAACUACCAAUGUUCAGUGGAUUGGUACUAUUUCUGACAAUGUGGUCACCUAUGAUGGUGGUUUCCAGAUGACCUUAUUGCCGCAGGGCAUGUACCUGGGGUGCCCGUGUGAUGUGUCAAAGAGUGUGGCAGAUUCCAAGUCAUUCCAUCUAGAGUUCUGUUGGCUCGAGUCAGCAGGCAAAAGACAGAGACUGGUUCGCACUUAUGAUGUAGAAGGUUUGGCCGUAUCAUCGACUUACUUCAUAGAAACCAAGCUGUGAGUCCUUGUACUGUGUCUUUUCUGUAAUAUCUUUUUGGGAUUGUGUAGUGAGCUCGAGUCACUCAUCAGUCAUUGCAUAAUGCAUAGUUUGUUAGAUCACUGUCCUAACUUCCUAGUCAUCUGAUCAGAUUAAACAAAUUUGUUUCAAACUAUUAUUACAUUUUUCAGUAAUGGAGAUGUCUGGUUUGUUA